UCUGGCCCCCCAGCCCCCGGCUGGCUCCCUGGCCCGGGCCUCUUGCGGGCUCCGUUUCCGUCGGCCGCGCGCCCCCCACCUGCGCCCCGCUCUCUGCUGGCGGGGUCAACCGAGCGGGCGGAGGGUCCUUAAUUCUCCAAACCCGGUUCAUUGCCUCCGGUUGAACGUGAAUAUUCUAGUUGCCGAGGACAUCUUUGCAUUUCCCGCAAUCCGGUCAUUGUAUGGCUUCAGUGGUUAACGCUUAAGGCAUCGGAGUUGGUCUCUGGGCAGCUCCCCUGGAGAUAGAUGACUUGGGAAAAAGAAAUCAGUGACCACAUAGUUUCGGCCUGCUUAACAAAACCGAGGAAGAAUCCCUGUGAUCACUCAAACGCAAGAGAAUCUGGGUUUGCUGAUGCCCUUGGUAAUUCUCCGGCAAGCACGCGAGGACCCGAGGGAAAUGACCAUAAAUUCGUCGUCCUGUAUCGAUUAUGGGGGAAAUGUCUUUUUUUUUUUUUUUAAGGCAUCUCCAGACAUUGACAAUGUUUCGUAAAUUUGCAAGAGAUGCAAGAAACUACAGAUAAUGUUUGCUAUCACCCCGGGAGCUGCAUCUUGAGAUGAAAUCAGAGCCUGGGGGCUUGGUAGAUACAGCAGACAUCAGUACCUAUGGAUAGCUUAUCAAAUAAAGACAUCGAUGAAGGGUGUACGCUGUGAGGAGAAGUGGGGUAUUGGCCUGGAUUUGCCUGUAAAUGCAUCGCGGAGAGGCAGCCCAGAAUGAAGAAAGCAAGCAGGAGUGUCGGCUCAGCGCCUAAGGUGUCGGGGACGAGCAGAGUGCAGGCAGCGGACAAAACCAGGCCCGAGAGCAGCUCCUCAGCCUCUGCAGGCAGCAGGCCCGUGAAGCCUGGGGCCGCAGCAGCGUUGUCGAAGACCAAGAGCAGUGAUGACCUUUUAGCUGGGAUGGCUGGAGGGGUGACCGUGACCAAUGGUGUCAAAGGCAAGAAGAACGCCUGCUCUUCCGCCGCGCCGUCCGCGCCCGCGCCUGCCGUGAGCGCUGCAGAGAACAGGCCCAGGACCAGCACAGGCACGAGUUCUUCAACCAAGCGGAGCACUUCCACAGGUAAUAAAGAGUCCAGUUCUACUAGAGAAAGAUUACGUGAACGUACCCGACUAAACCAGAGCAAAAAACUGCCUUCUGCAGGUCAGGGGGCUAAUGACGUGGCGUCGGCCAAACGCUCCCGCAGUCGCACGGCUGCGGAAUGCGACGUCCGCAUGAGCAAGUCCAAGUCGGACAAUCAGAUCAGUGACAAAGCUGCUCUGGAGGCCAGAGUGAAGGAUCUUCUCACCUUGGCCAAAACCAAGGACGUGGAGAUUUUACAUCUGCGGAGCGAGCUCCGGGACAUGCGUGCUCAGCUGGGCAUCAGCGAGGACCCCCUCACCGAGGGCGCCGAGAGGUGCGAGGAGAAGGAGGCCAGCGUCGUGCACCAGCCAACUGACGUGGAGUCCACGUUGCUGCAGCUGCAGGAGCAGAACGCCGCCAUCCGCCAAGAGCUCAACCAGCUGAAGAACGAGAACCGCAUGCUGAAGGACCGGCUGAACGCGCUGGGCUUCUCCCUGGAGCAGAGGCUGGACCAUUCCGAAAAGCUGUUUGGCUAUCAGUCCCUGAGCCCAGAGAUCACCCCUGGUAACCAGAGCGACGGCGGCGGGACGCUGACCUCCUCGGUGGAGGGCUCGGCCCCUGGCUCGGUGGAGGAUCUGCUGAGCCAGGAUGAAAACACGCUCAUGGACCAUCAGCACAGCAACUCCCUGGACAACCUGGACAGCGAGUGCAGUGAGGUGUACCAGCCCCUCACGUCCAGCGACGACGCCCUGGACGCACCCUCGUCCUCGGAGUCAGAAGGCCUUCCGAGCGUAGAGCGCUCUCGCAAGGGCAGCAGCGGGAACGCCAGCGAAGUGUCCGUUGCGUGCCUGACGGAGCGGAUACACCAGAUGGAGGAGAACCAGCACAGCACGAGCGAGGAGCUGCAGGCCACUCUGCAGGAGCUGGCCGACCUGCAGCAGAUCACGCAGGAGCUGAACAGCGAGAACGAGCGGCUCGGCGAGGAGAAGGUGAUUCUCAUGGAGUCCCUGUGCCAGCAGAGCGACAAGCUGGAGCACUUCAGCCGGCAGGUUGAGUAUUUCCGCUCCCUCCUGGACGAGCAUCACAUUUCCUACGUCAUCGACGAAGACGUGAAAAGCGGUCGCUACAUGGAGCUGGAGCAGCGCUACAUGGACCUCGCCGAGAACAGCCGCUUUGAACGGGAGCAGCUCCUUGGCGUCCAGCAGCACCUAAGCAACACCCUGAAGAUGGCCGAGCAGGACAACAAGGAGGCUCAGGAGCUGAUUGGGGCGCUCAAGGAGCGCACCCACCACAUGGAGCGGGCCGUCGAGUCCGAGCAGAAGGGCAAGGCAGCCUUGGCCGCCACCGUGGAGGAGCUCAAAGCCACCCUGGCCAGUGACCAGAUCGAGAUGAAUCGCCUGAAGGCCCAGCUGGAGAACGAGAAGCAGAAGGUGGCGGAGCUGUACUCUAUCCAUAACUCUGGAGACAAGUCUGACAUUCAGGACCUCCUGGAGAGCGUCAGGCUGGACAAGGAGAAAGCAGAGACUCUGGCCAGUAGCCUGCAGGAAGACCUGGCCCACACCCGGAAUGAUGCCAACCGGCUGCAGGACGCCAUUGCAAAGGUAGAAGACGAAUACCGAGCCUUCCAAGAGGAAGCUAAGAAGCAAAUAGAAGAUCUGAACAUGACCUUAGAAAAACUACGAUCAGAGCUGGAAGAAAAAGAGACAGAAAGGAGUGACAUGAAAGAAACGAUCUUUGAACUUGAAGACGAAGUGGAACAGCACCGGGCGGUGAAGCUUCACGACAACCUCAUCAUCUCGGACUUAGAGAAUACGGUUAAAAAACUCCAGGACCAAAAGCAUGACAUGGAAAGAGAGAUCAAGACCCUGCACAGGCGACUGCGGGAGGAAUCAGCGGAAUGGCGGCAGUUCCAGGCUGAUCUGCAGACCGCGGUGGUCAUCGCUAAUGACAUCAAGUCUGAAGCCCAAGAGGAGAUUGGUGACCUGAAGCGCCGCUUACAUGAAGCUCAAGAGAAAAACGAGAAGCUCACGAAAGAAUUGGAGGAAAUAAAGUCACGCAAGCAGGAGGAGGAGCGUGGCCGGGUGUAUAACUACAUGAAUGCUGUGGAGAGAGACCUGGCGGCCCUGAGGCAGGGCAUGGGGCUGAGCAGAAGGUCCUCGACGUCCUCGGAGCCGACGCCCACGGUGAAGACCCUCAUCAAGUCCUUCGACAGCGCGUCGCAAGUGCCCAGCCCCGCCGCGGCAGCGAUGCCCCGGACGCCUCUGAGCCCAAGCCCCAUGAAGACGCCCCCUGCGGCCGCCGUCCCCCCCAUGCAGAGACAUUCCAUCAGUGGACCGAUCUCCACGUCCAAACCCCUGACAGCCCUCUCAGAUAAGAGACCAAACUACGGGGAGAUCCCUGUGCAAGAGCAUCUACUGAGAACGUCUUCGACCAGCCGACCUGCUUCUCUGCCGAGAGUGCCUGCCAUGGAGAGCGCAAAGACCAUCUCAGUGUCCAGACGAAGCAGCGAGGAGAUGAAGCGCGACGUGCCUGCUCCCGAGGGCGCGUCGCCCGCCGCGCUCAUGGCCAUGGGGGCCGCCUCGCCGCAGCUCUCGCUCUCCUCCUCGCCCACGGCCUCCGUGACCCCCACUGCCCGGAGCCGCAUCAGGGAAGAAAGGAAGGAUCCUCUGUCGGCCUUGGCAAGAGAAUAUGGGGGGUCCAAGAGGAACGCCUUGCUGAAGUGGUGUCAGAAGAAAACCGAGGGCUAUCAGAACAUCGACAUCACCAACUUCAGCAGCAGCUGGAACGAUGGGCUGGCCUUCUGCGCCCUCCUGCACACCUACCUCCCCGCGCACAUCCCCUACCAGGAGCUCAACAGCCAGGACAAGCGGAGGAACUUCACGCUGGCCUUCCAGGCGGCCGAAAGCGUCGGCAUCAAGUCCACACUGGACAUCAACGAGAUGGUGCGGACCGAGCGGCCUGACUGGCAGAAUGUGAUGCUCUACGUGACCGCCAUCUACAAAUACUUCGAGACCUGAGCGCCCGCGGCCCAUCACCGGGGCCAGCGCCUGCCGCUCCGUGCCCGGCGAGCUUCCUGCACCCGGCCGCCCGCCCCGUGGGGACUCGGCCCGGGGCACGCAGCUUCCUGCGCCCGCGGCUCCAGGGGGCACCUCAGCCGCCCACCUGAGACCCGGGUCGGGAGCCUGCCAGGACCCGCCCGCCCCCUGCCCCCAGGCUCCCGCUCGCAGACAUGUCGGCUGCCCUCCAGCUCCAGGGGCCUGGAAACGCGGUGCCAGCUUCAGGGUCCUGACAGAGGAGUCCUCCACAAGCAGUUCUUGAGUUAAAAAGUGUUUUUUUCUUAUGAGCGAUAUUGGGGGGAAGAGCGCCUGUUCUCUCAGUACCAAAGUUAAAUCGUUUUACUAAGCAUAGUGAUGAAACAGCGUCCGGACGUGAGGCGGUGAAAGCCAGGACCAGCGUCACGAGAAACAGGAGGAAAAGCUGAGUGAGCCGAGGCCCAGACACUGCGACUUCAGCCCCUGAGGCGCUCGGACAUGGCCUGCCUCCGGCGGGUGGACGAAAGUGCCUUAGCUCUGCAGUCCGGGCCGGUGACCAGCUUCAGCCCGUCCUGGGGCCCCGGAGCCGCUGGGGUGACCCGCGUCCAGAACCCAGACUGACACGGGCCCACAACCCCGGGGCUCGGAGCGAGGAGGCAGCCGGGUGCCGCACAUUGCGGCUCCAUGAGGCGGGAGGCUCUGGACCAGGGCGCGGACGGGCCGCCAGGCGGGCAGACGUGGCGGGACGGGCCGCUGCCCCCGCUCAGCAGCUCCGCCUGGGGAGGCUUUGGCUGAAGCGCCGUUGUCAGCCGUGAGCAGCGCCCGGCCGCAGCCCAGGGGCCCCCGAGGACGCCUGCCGGCCGCCCUGCCAAGCCUGCCCUUGCGUCGGCCCUGCAGGCGCUGCUGGGCCCGCCCGUGGCCGUUGGGGAGGAGGGCCGCCCUGCACGUCUCUCCGCUCGGCUCCUCCCCCACGCUCGGGGCCGCCUGCGUGCCGGCCUGUGGCUGCGAUUGAGCCUAUUAAGCGGGGACCGCUUUCCUGACCGGUGGAGACCUCCCAGGGUCUGCAGGCCGCUUGCUGUCCCUGGUGGCGCCCGCUGCAGGGCCCUGGGGUGGGGGCCCCGGUGUCCCCAGGGGAGGGCCCGGCUUCGGCCCAGGGCUGGUGGGGCUGCGAGGGCUCUCCCGGGGGCCCUGCUGCCCCUGAUGACAGCCCAUGUAGCCAGGCCCUCGGUGCACACGGGGUCCCGUGAGGAGGCUGCAGGAGGCCCGUUGGGACUGCCGGCUCUAAGGGGCGGUCUGGAUGGCCUGGUCCCGGACAUGCUGCUGGGCCCAGCCUGCCUGCAGCCAGGGUGCCAGGGGCCGCCUGCCUCCUCCCACCAAGCACAAGCUUCCUGCAAAAGGACCCGUGGGCUUUCUCUUGACAACAGGAUUCUGCUGACUGGAUGAUACCCUAAAUUUUGUUGUAUUAAAUACUCUUGAAUGUAUUAAAAGUGUUGUAACACA